CACCGGUCGCGGGUGGGAGGCGGGAGAGGCGCUGGGUCCUGGCGCGGCCGCGGAAAAGGCACCGCCGCCCCCUCCCGCCUUCCCGAGCUCCCGGCGCCGGGACCGGGAGAGCCCCGCGGAGCCCCGAGCGCGGCCCCGCCGCUCCCACGCUGCGCUCCAUCCCAUCCCAUCCCGGUGCUUCCCGGGCGCUCCCGCCGAGCCGCCCCGCGGGGUGUCGCGUCCCCCGAAACCCGCCCGGCUGACGGGGCACCCGCGAUCCUUCUGGAAGAGCGCCGUGGGUCUCUGCUUCCUCGUCCCGUCUCCAUGGCUGCAUCGCGAGUGGUCCGUUGCGCUUGGCUACGGAAAUUUGGCGGUCUGCUAAAGAAUGGAGCCUGGUAUGUGCCAUGUCUAGCUUCACUUGAGACCCUUCAAGAAUUAUGUAGGAAGGAAAAUCUCAGAUGUAAAUCCAUUGGAAUCACCAACAGGAGUCUAAAGAGUUAUGAGGUGGAAUAUUUGUGUGACUACAAGGUAGAAGAGGGCAAAGAAUACUAUCUUGUGAAAUGGAAAGGAUGGCCAGAAUCUUCAAAUACUUGGGAACCUGAGAAGCAUCUGAACUGCCCACUGCUUCUUCAGAACUUUCUUAGUGACAAGAAUGAAUACUUGUCUCGGGUGAGAGAAGGCAAAGCACUGAAAGUGAGAAACCACAUUAAAGCUUUGAAACCUGCCAUUGCAGAUUAUGUUGUGAAGAAGGCCAAGCAAAGAAUAGCCCUGCAGAGAUGGAAGGAAGAACUCAACAGGAAAAAGAAUCACAAAGCAAUGAUUCUGGUAGAAAACACUGUGGAUCUUGAAGGCCCCCCGUUAGACUUCUACUACAUUAAUGAGUAUAAACCUGCUCCGGGGAUAAAUGUGCUCAAUGGAAUAACGACUGGCUGUGAAUGUGCUGACUGCCCUGCUGAGAAGUGCUGUCCAAAGGAGGCUGGGUUUAUUCUGGCUUACAAUAAACGUAAGAAGUUAAAAAUCCAGCCUGGCUUGCCCAUCUAUGAGUGCAAUUCCUAUUGUAGGUGUGGGCCUGACUGCCCUAAUAGAAUAGUGCAGAAAGGUACACCGUAUUCCCUUUGCAUCUUCAGAACCAACAAUGGCCGUGGCUGGGGAGUAAAAACCCUCCAGAAAAUUAAAACCAACAGUUUUGUGAUGGAGUAUGUUGGAGAGGUUUCUUUUUUUUCUCUCUUUUUUUUUUUUUUUUUUCAGGUGAUUACAAGUGAGGAAGCAGAGAGGCGAGGCCAGCUCUAUGACAACCAGGGAAAUACAUACUUGUUUGAUUUGGAUUAUGACUCAGAUGAAUUUACAGUAGAUGCAGCUCGAUAUGGAAAUGUGUCCCACUUUGUGAAUCACAGCUGUGAUCCAAAUCUUCAAGUCUUCAACGUGUUUAUUGACAACCUCGACUUGCGUCUUCCUCGAAUAGCACUGUUUUCUACCCGAACCAUCAAGGCUGGAGAAGAGUUGACCUUUGACUACCAGAUGAAAGGUUCAAUAGAUCUGACUUCAGACUCUGCUGAUGGUCUUAGCCCAUCCAAGAAGAGGAUCAGAACUGUCUGUAAAUGUGGAGCUGUGUGUUGCAGAGGUUAUCUCAACUGAGUUCGGGUAUCCAAAGUCACAAAUACUUUGUUCUCUUUUAAAUGUGUUUUAAGAAGACUCUUCUUUCACGCAUAUAUUCAAGUAUUCUUACAUCUAAUGUAAAUAAGGGCAGUGAAAACAAGGCAUUAUGUUUGUAAUUGAAAUGGCAUUGGCCAAAGAGAUUGUAGUGUUUCAGGCAAAUACAAAACUGAUACCGGGGAUUAAAAAUAGACUUUUCUAGAACUGUUGUGUAGGAAGCAGUAAAAUGUAUGCAAAGAAAACUCUAAAAUGUACCUUGAUUUGAAUAUUCACAGAAUCCUAGAAUAUGUUGAGAUGGAAGGGACUCAUCAGGAUCAUCAAAUCCAACUUCUGCCCCUGUGCAGGACACCCCAAGAGUCACACCAUGCACCUGAGAGUGUUGUCUUGAGCUCUGUCAGGUUUGGUGUUGUGACCACUUCCAUGGGGAACCUGUUCCAGUGUCCAAGCACCCUCUCAGUGAAAAAGUUUCCUGAUAUCCAACCAAAACCUCCCCUGACUCAGCCUCAUGACAUUUCCUUGACUCCUGUCACUGGUCUCAAGAGUGAAGAGACCAGUGCCUGCCCCUCUUCUUCCCCUCACAAGGAAGUUGUACCUGCGAUGAGGUCUCCCCUCAGUCUCCUCUUCUCCAGGCUGAACAGACCAAGUGCCCUCAGCUGCUCCUCAUUGGGUUGCCCUCCUUUGGACACUCUCUAAUGGCUUAAUAUCUUUCUUACAUUGUGGUGCCCCAAACUGCCACAAUAUUCAAGGUGAGGCCACUCCAGAGCAGAGCAGAGCGGGACAAUCCCCUCCCUCGACCGGCUGGCGUUGCUGUGCCUGAUGCCCCCCCUGGACAGGGUUGGCCCUCCUGGCUGCCAGGGCACUGCUGACUCAGAUUCAACUUGCCACUGACAUUCAAAUGUGAGCUUACAGCCUUCAGGAGCUGAUUCCAGACCGAUGAAGUGAUGUUACAUGUUUUCUGUACCCUGAGAAGUCAGAAGGCAUUCGAUCUGAAUCCUAAAUCACAGCUGACAGUUCUUUUGUUUCGAGAGCUCGGCAAUAACCUUUAUGGCAUCAGGGAGAGGGAUUAAGGACAGCCAGUGUGCAAAUGAAGGUUCACAGGAAUGACAAUUGCAAAAUGUCCAUGGAACUCCACGCGAGUGAAGUAAUUGGUGUUAGCAGAUCCCAGAUCCCCAGAUCUAAAAGCUUGGAACUUUUUAGCUGAUGUUCUGUUAUUUAGAAGUUUUUUCAGUUAUGUUCUGAUUUUUAUUUAGGAUGUUAUAGGAGGACCGCAGUUCUACAGAGGAUUUGUAAAUACAGGAUUGUUGGUAGUAACAUUUGCUGUUUGUUUUCAUUGCAGAAAUUUGGCGGUCAUGGCUGAAACAAAUUGCUGACUACAGUUUGGAAAUAGAUAGCAAAAGCUAGGGAGAGCAGCCCAUUGUCUAACAAGGUUAAUGCAGGGUGGAGAUAAUGCUCAAGUUAUCUGUUAGGUGCAGAAGUACCCUGGAAAUUGAUGUAUAUUCACAACUGGUUUCCAUUAAGUUUUUACAUACUGUGACUUUUUUAUCUAGUGACAGACUUCUAAGAUAUUAGGCCUAUAUUUUCUGUUUGCAAAAAUAUUAACUUCAGUGAAGUUAGACUAGGGAUGAGUAUACCCAUUUCCUGUAGACAUUUGUAAGAUGUUUUUGAAUGUAAAGGCUGAGAAACAUGCUGUUCUUCAGCUGCUUGAGUCGCCUUUUUUUUUCCUGAUCAUUUUAAAGUUGUCUUGAUCUAUUCAUAACAUAUGCUAAGUUUUGCUUGGCUUCAAAACAACAGUUGAAGGGGUUUGGGGUGGAGUUACAGCCAAGGUCCGUGCUCCAGGGAUGAUCCAAGUGCUUUAUUCUCAUGGAUUAAAAGCUCGUAAAACUUGCAUAUUACAUGUCAUGUAAAAGUUGACAGGGUCAGGCAGAACAAUGUUGCUCCAUAAAUGGAUGCUCCAUAACUGGAUGCUAGCUAUGUAUCAUAGGUCAGCUAAUUACCUUUAUAAGGUGCCCAGCAUGUAAUUGUUUACUUAAUGUUAGCAAAUGCCUUAAAUUCCAUGUUAAUUACUAGCACUUGAAAGGAUAAUACAGGUUGCUCGUUAAAAAGCACAGUUGCAUUUGCAGUGAAGAUCUGGCCCUUUGGUAAAAAAUGACAUUUUAUAUGCUACUAGCCCAGAUCAGUAUCACAGAUGGGGUGAAGAGCAUGGGCCACUGGAAAGGCUGUGUGAGUUUUGUAAUCUCCAAUACAGAGAUACAUGAUAAAAUAGAGACUUUAUAUUGCUUAAUGAAUAGGAGAAACUUUGCUUAGAUUUGAAAGUAUCUGAUGUGACCAGGCUCACCUGUAUUCACGCACUUGGAAUCUAGUCAGCUUUUCUCAUGCCACACUUCUAAUGAUUAUUUUUUUAUUUGAAGUGGAAUGUGGAGCUUUCAUGUUAGCGAACUCCAGAUGAUCCUGCAUCGUUUGGAGUCAUUAGUGCUUUCUCUUGCAUGUAGCCCGAGCCAGCGGUGCAUUCCAUGUGGAUGGAAUCUGCAGUCUCCAGCUCCUUAAUCCGCUGCAGUCGGCAGCCCGCCCUGUCACUGCGGGAUGGAGAGAGCGGCUGCGGCAAGAAAUGGAUUCCUUACUGUGGCCUCGCCCGCGCCCGGGGCACAGGGCGGGCUCCUGUUUCUGUCUCUCGAUGUUCAUGCCCAGUUUGAUUUAAAUAUUGCAAGUUUAAAAGAUAACAGUUGUGGCAGUUGUACCCCGAGCUCAGCAUCUGCCUUGUCUGAGGCAGGGAAUGUUAUCACCAGCGCUGGAAAAACGCUGCUGUUCGCUAAGGAUAUGUGUGUUAUCUUCCGCCAUAAAUAAAGAUCCGUUAAUUUAUGUUCUGGGAGGCAACAGCAUUUUGUAUUUAUUUGAAGUAAAUUCAUGUAUCCAGUUUCCAGUUUAGAGCCUUGAACAGUAUUUUCUAUUUACAUAUGCGCAGUGCAUUUUGGAUUGCCGUCAGUGAAUUAGCUCAAAGGGACACUGUGUCACUUUUAAAACUCCUUUUGCUGUUUCUAUGAGUUUGGCUGAAAAUUGCCAAAUUGGAAAAGGAGAAAAAUCUAUUUUCAAUUUCUUAGGGAACCUAAACCAGCCCAGCUUCUGCCUUUGUUUUGCUUUGUUGGCAUUGUCAUGGUCACCGGUUCAGUUGUGUGUAUGCACUUCCUGGGGACUGGUGGCUUGUCCUCCAGCUGUUCUUUUUUGUUGGGGUUAUUUUUAUUUUUUGGUAGCAAAACUAAAGCUGCAAGAUCACCUGUAAGAAAAGCUAUUGUCUAUUUAUUUAAUCUCCAAAUUAAGUCAAUCUUUUGGUUAUUUCUAAUGUAUGUUUUAGGAACUGUGUACAUUAGAAUAUGCAGUUUGUAAGCUCAGGAACAUUUUCUUUUCAUACUGUGUGAUCUCUAGUAUUGCUAUCUUCCUAUAGUUUUUGAUAAAAUAAAUGAAAUCUAGUUUU